AUGUCUGAAAACGCACAAACUUCCCACCACGCCGGAUUCAUGGACCGAAUGUUACAUCGCGGACAUCAUGGCAACGAACAAGAGCAAAAAGAUCACAAUGAAGAACAUGACCAGCAGCCUGAUGUACAGCCUCAGCAGGGUGAACAAGCCAAUCCACCUGCCAAGGAAGGCGAAAGGGAGAGAGUCGAAGACUACGUGAAUGAAGAGCGGAAGCUAAUGCAGGAGGGAGACACAUACGCUGGACUCAUGUAG